AUGCAAUCUGGUGGCCGCUUGGCUCAGGUGCACGCCUACAUCCGGGAGCACCAGUCCGAGGGGCAGACCUGCGUCCUGGUGGGGUGCGCCUCGUCCGUUGUGGGCGUCAUCUGCAUCGCAGACCCCCCAAAGCCAGAGAGCCGCGGGGUGAUCGCCGCCCUCCACACUCGCGGCUUGCAAUGCUACAUGGUGACGGGGGACAACUCGAGGACUGCCAGGGCCGUCAGCCGCACGCUGGGCAUCCCGGCAAAGAACACGCAGGCGGAGGUGCUGCCGGCAGCAAAGGCCAACUUGGUAACCGAGCUGCAGCGCAAAGGGCGCACUGUGGCCAUGGUGGGUGACGGGAUCAAUGACUCGCCUGCGCUGGUGGCCGCCGAUGUGGGCAUGGCCAUCGGCUCGGGCACGGACACCGCCAUCGAAGCCGCAGACUACGUGCUCAUGCGCAACGACCUCGAGGACGUCCUGGUGGCCAUUGACCUGUCCUGGAAGACCUUCGCCAGGAUCCAGCUCAAUUUCGUGUGGGCCUUUGGCUACAACAUCCUGAUGAUCCCCCUCGCCGCCGGCGUGCUGUACCCAGCGUUCCAGAUACAGCUACCGCCGUGGGUGGCGGGCGGCGCCAUGGCCCUCAGCUCCGUGACCGUGGUGUGCUCGUCGCUGCUGCUGAGGAGGUACACGAAGCCCAAGGGGGUGUUGAGGGACGUUUUCAUUGAGUAA